UGGCCAAUUGGAGAAUCAUGGACAGUUCUCAGACAGAACUUCCCUUGUCAGACAACUGUGGAUUAGGACUCAUGACUGAUAUACUUGGGAUAGCCAGGACCAUGUGAUGCACUUCCAGUAAUGGGAGGCAGGUGGUCUUUCCUUUACCUAACGAGAUAAUAGGUUCCCAUGAUGAAGCUCAGCACAUUCUUGGGUGGUCACAAUAUUGCUCUGUGUGACGUUUCCCCUAGAUACAGAUCAAGGAUCAGAUUCCCCUCCCCCCAAUCCAUGUCUGUAACAUUAGUUAAACAUCAUAAUAUAUGAUAUUGUGCAAAUAAUUUGUGAUCAAACCUGUACCAAAACAGUGGGCCCAAUCAGAUUGACCUGCACCUGUUAGUCAUUAUUAGUAGAUGACGUCAGGUCAGUCGUUUGUUUUCGUCAACUCAAUCACGCUUACCCAUACCUGAGUGAAAAAUAACAGCCGCAAGAAACAUGACCUGUUUCGCGUUUCCAUUUAUAUUGUUCAUUCUUGUACCUCACACGAUAUCUCUCGGAAGCUGCAGUAGUUUUACUUUCUCCAUAUGUUGGAAAAUCAGCAACAAUUCCUUGUUUGGCAGUUGGCCAGAAGGACAUUUAUGGUUGAACACCACCAAAUUGAAAUCCAUUUGGAGUGAGGACACAUUUUCAUCUUUGACAGUUGCCACUACUGUGGAACACAAAUUGACUCUUCAUUAUGGUGUCAUGGUUCGGAAGUGGAUAUUCUCCAUCUUCCCAGGUUCACAUUCCAUUGAGUUCAGAAGUAUACAUAAACCUGACCAACAGCCCAUCAAUAGCACUCUGGAAGCCCUGGAGUUGUUCUCCACCAAUGAGGUGUUUGCGUGUGAAAACAGCACUCUGUACCUCUAUCAGGACCCAAACUUCAUCCUCAUGCUUGGUCACACUGUGCGCUACCCCUUGAAGCUGGAGUCCAGGAGUACCUCCAUGUUAUUGGUGUCCUGGAAAGAGAAGAUGCAGCCCCCGGCUGCCCCUGUCCCCGUCCACUCUGUGUCCCUAUACCACUCUGAGAUGAAGGCCUACGCUGCCCUUAGUGUGGACAGUACCCACUCCAACCACUACCGCUUCACAGCCCUGGAAUCCUGCAGUUCCUAUGCUGCCUGUGUGGAGGUGGCAGGCAGCCACUCGCUUACCUGCCUCUCCACUAUCACAGACCCAGAAGUCCCCAGACAUUUCCAGGUGACGACGUGGAACAGCAGCAGUGUCACAGUGUCCUGGGACUGUCCCGACAACCGCAAGUUCUCCUUCUUCCUUGUCACGGUCCUCUACCUCAAUGGCACCAACCAUGUCCUCGAGGAGAGGUCCUUCAGGCACACACUGGACACCUUUGUGUUCUCUCAAUCUGACCUGCCGCCCUGUAGCAGGGUGAAGUUUGGCCUGCAGACGGUGUGCCAGGCGGGCACGGAGGCUCGCCACAGCAGAAUGGUCCUCAUCAAAGGGAAUACUGUCCACUCAGAAAUCGAGAACCUGUGGCAGACCUCCUCGGGGCCGGACAACUACACCCUGAGCUGGGUGGUGAGGAACACUUCUUCUAUCUCCAUGUUCAGGAUCUACCACCAGGGGGUGCUCCACUACACCACCCUGCUCACCAGCCACACGGUGGCCAGCCUUCUGCCCUGCAGCCAGUACUUGGCUAGAGUAGAGGCACUGUGUGGAGACAGCGUGGUCAUGAGCUCCAAGACCGUACUCGCUCGCACAGGACCCAGAGGUGUUUCAGAACUGCGCUACCGUCCUGAGGACUCUACAGCGCUGUGGAUUGGUGGGACCGGAGAGGGCGUGGCCUUUCAGUACCAGCUGUCUUAUGACAAUGGCUCGACCAUCCAGCAAGGCCGGCUGAUGGAGCCUUUUCUCCCCCUCCUGGGGCUCAUUGAGGGUGCGCUCUAUGCCCUGGACGUGUGGGAAGAGUGUGACGGCCAGUGGAGCGCCGACCCGGCCCUGGUGUGUUUCGAUGGAGUCAACGUUCUCGUGCUGCCGGUGGCGUCCACCUUGAGGCCGAAUGAAGACCAAGGUUGGUGUCAUCUGGGCUGUGUUCAGUAGGGCACAAUGUUGUGCAAUUAGCAUAUAUACAGUACCAG